UAAAUAAGCUAGAUCAUGUAGCAUUUUGUAUCGCAGAAGCGGUAGACCUGUCUACUCAUUCUUCAUACUUUGAGCCUCAUGACGAAGUGACUAUCGUGCGCGACUUUCGUGAGGGGAGGCGGUUGUUUCAUGGUUUUAAGAAAAAACAUGGCUAGAUUUACCAUUCUAGUAUUGCUGUCUUGCUUAAUAUUGAAAGUUCUAGCUCUGUAUGAAGAUCAAGCAGGGAAAUUUGAUUGGCGGCAGCAGAUGGUCGGCCGGCCGGCCCACGUGCUGUUCGACGCGAGCGGCGCUGGUGGCUACAAGCGCCUUGUGAUGGCCACAGAGGACAAUGUACUGGCUGCACUCAACCACAAGUCAGGUCAGCUGAUCUGGCGGCGCGUGCUAGAGCGGGGCGAGAGCGGCCACAUCCACCUGCCGCUGCCAUCUAAUGGCGACCUUGUGACCUACUCGGGCCACAACCUGCUGCGCGUUUGGUGCGCCGCCACCGGCCUACUCAUCUCUGAGGCAGCGCUCGACAUCGCCCCAGCCAGCGGCGCGGCGGGUCUGCACGUGCUGACAUCGGGCCGGGACCAGUUGCUGGCGCUGCAGCUGGGGCCCAGCGCCGCCCUGCACCGCAUCGCCCGCGGCUCGGGCCAGGUCACCACGGCUCCGCUCAGCACGCCAUGGGCCGGCGCCGCCAGGUGCGUGUCGGGCGCCGAGGCGCUGCUCUGCUGGGACGCCGCCGCCAGGGCGCUACACGUAUUCACCGCGGCGUCCGGUCGGUUCUCCAAGCAGCCCCUCCCGCCGGCGCUCUCUGCUAGCCAGGAGCCGCGUGUGCGACACCUGGGCAACGAUCUGUUCGCCAUCGCCGCCUCCGGUCGCCUAACGGUGGUCCGAGUGACUCGUAGUUUCGAGGUCGUCCAGGAGAUGGCGGGAGAUAUGGCGUGCCUUGCGCAAGCUGGCGGCGAGCAAGUUCUGUAUGUCGGGAAGUACUCGAAGACUGGAAAAGUACCGGCGGUGGAGUUCUCGGUCAGUGCGCCGGGCGGCGGACAGGUGGCAGCACCGGCGGGCGCCGUGUCACUGACUGCGCGCCACGGCACCGUCUCCGCCUGCCACGUGACGGUGGCGCCGCGCCGCGACGGCGGCCAGCUGGCGGCGCGCGCCCUGCUCGUCGGCGACGACGAUGCCGUCACCAUGACAACUGUCGGAGGUGACGUGCUGUGGACGCGGGAGGAGGCGCUGGCCUCUGUCGUGGCCGUAGAGGUGGUGGACCUGCCCAUGUCGGCCGGCGACGUCAGCAUCGAGGAGCAGUUCGGCGACCCUGCCGCCGGUCCCGUGUCGGCGUUCGUGCGCCGUAUGACGUCACAGUGGAGUCAGCUGGCGUCGCUGGCGGCGUCCGUGGUGUCGGGCGAGGUGAUCCAGGGCUCUGACGUCACACAUCUGACGCGCGACAAGUUCAACCUGCACAAGAUGCUGGUGGUCGUCACGGCCUGUGGCAAGCUGCUGGGCCUGCACAGCCAGACAGGCGCCGUGGCGUGGGCGGUGCCGGUGGCCGGCCUGGCGCCGCUGCCGGCCGAGGGCGUCGUGCUCGGCCUGCAGCGCGGCACGGCGCACUUCCCGCACGCGCCGGCGGCGGCGCUGCUGUCGCGCGGCACGCUCGUCACCUUCAACCCGAUCACGGGCGGCGAGCUGGCCGUCCACCGGCUGGGCGCCGGCGUCAGCCAGGCCAGCCUCAUGCAGCAGAGCGACGGCACACAUCUGAAGCCUCUGGUCAUGUUCGACACCGCCGGCGCGGUACACGUCUGGCCCGACAGUGCUGCCGCUCUCGUCAAGUCGCUGCACCAGAGGCUGUUCUUCUACACGGCAGAUGUCGCCACCGGCAUCAUGCAGGGCUACGCCGUCACAGAGGACCUGCGGACGGUGCCCACGUGGCGGCUGGACCUGUCGUCGCAGGGUCAGACGAUCCGGCGUGUGCUGGCCAAGUCGCCUCACGAGCGCGUGCACAGCCAGGGUCGCGUGUUGGCCGACAGGAGCGUGCUGUACAAGUACGCCAACCCCAACCUGCUGAUGGUGAUCACCGACGCCGACGACCCCGUCCACAAACGUCUGUGA